AUGGAACAGCACAAGGCUACCCUGAUUUACUCAAAGAUCGGCUGCUUGGUAUCAGCUGUCGCAUAUCUACACGAUCAGAACAUCCGACACAAGGAUCUCAAGCCUUCCAACGUAUUAUUGUCCCGCUAUAAUAUCUGGUUGAGCGAUUUUGGCAGUGCCACCGACUUUACGCUUCUCUCGCAAAGCGCGACAAACAAUGAACGCGGAACACCCCGUUACUUCGCUCCUGAAGUAGCUGAAUGGAAACCUAGUGGCAGAGCAGCAGAUAUCUUCUCCCUCGGCUGUGUUCUUGUCGAGGUCUUAUGCCUAAACAGGAGAGGCUCCUUAGAUCACCUAAGAAGACAUCGAUCACUUGACCCAUCCUUUCACGCCAACAUCGAUCAAUUGGAUACAUGGCUGGAGAAUGACGAUGACAAGUUCACGCGCGGAGAGUACUACCUGGAGCAGGAAAUUAGACUCAUGCUCUCCAGGGAUCCCAUGCGCCGUCCGACAGCGUUACAACUUCUAAGCAGUAUCACUGUUCAUGACAUAACCAAAGACAAGACGUCGACACUUUCCGUAUUUGGCGAUUGUUGCAAAGAAGGCCUGAUUCCAUCCGCGGUACAUGCAGCAGCGAUUACCGAGCUCAGGGAGAAAGCUCUAAGGUCGACAGAGCAUAUCCAACAAAAAUACAGAAACUUGAGCAAGGACUUGAAGGGAUGGAUAAAAUCGCAUGAAAAGCUUGCUCGGUAUUCAAGUGCACAAGAGAAAGUUUUGGAAGAUGCACAAGUGGAGAACGAUAAGUUGAGAGAAUCGCAUAAACCGCAUGCUCAGUUCUCAAGUAUGGAGGCGGAAGCACUGGCAGCUUCACGGGCGGAGGUUGAAAUCUUGAUGAAAUCGCAUAGUGCCCUAUCUCAGUUCUCAGAUGCGCAGCAGGAUGUACUGGCAGCUUCACGAAUGGAGGUUCUUAAGUUGAGAACACAGCUUGAUGCGCUUGCAUCUAGACGCCUCUCUGGCUCGCCCACCGAUACGAGCAAGACUAACGCGUUUGCUCCAGACCCUAUGUCCUCCCAGGGCCCGAAAUACUCCCAGGGUCCGAAAUACGCCCAGACUACCCCUUGGGCGAGUCAUUACACCCGCCGCGACGGAGUUACUGUACCAAUCGUAACGCGGCGUGGCCCGAUACCGACGGAGCUGAACGUGGGCUCUAUCCAAGAAUCCCCCCGCCCAAACGCAAAGGAUGACGUCUCUGGCGAUGACGAAAAGCCAGCAAAAUCAUCGAUUCGCAAUCGUAUUGCUUUCGGACUGGGACUCAAAAGAUCCGGAUCAGGAAAUGACAGCAGUGGUACAAUAGGCAAGCCAGCGGUAUAG